AUGUCGUGGUGGGUCGAUUGCAAUGCCCAAGAGCUGGACAUGCCGUGCACCAGUCUGCAGUGUCCGACCGGAUACUUGCAACGAUGGGAUGCAGACAACACAUUCUGUGCCGGGGCAUGUAACUCGUCCGAUGCAGAGAUGUGCUGCUUCAGAAAGGGCUUUGCAUCACACAGUUGGCGCAUCGUCGCAUCUUCACCUGUUGGUGAAGCCUGGGAUUUGGCAGCUUUGCGUUUUUACCUCGCCGAGAAUUGCUCCGCGGACUCCUUGAUAGAAGCCGUGCCAAGCAGCAGGCGUGGUGGUGCCAACGGGGCAGCCUUUUCGUAUCAUAGAGGGCGUGGAGCUGUUGCAGCGGACCUAUUUCACGAACCUGUACAGUACCCGUCAUCGGUGCCACAACUUCAAAGCGUGAGGUGGUCAUCGGGAGCUCCCUGCACAGCUGGGGAGUGCUUUGUGGGAUUCUCAUGGGAAUCGGAUAGCACCAGGACCCCUGUGGGGACAUGCAGGCAGACGCGCGGCUGCCCAACAGUUGGAUUUGUCCGACAGGCUGGCGCUUUCCGUGUGGCCUGCGCAGAAGUCGAGCAAAGUCAAGACUCCGGCUUCUUUGCGGAAAGCCUUCGGCUACAAAUGCUGGAUGUGGACGGAAGGGACUCCAACUCCUCGGAAGCGGAAGCGGGCCUCUGGCGAACAGCUGCGGAGGCAAGGAACUUGGUUGGUGGGCUGGCUACGCUGCGGCAGAGUGCUGUGUAA